AUGUUACCUAUAUUUAUUUUAGCCUCCAUGGCAAUUUUGGGGCUCAGCACUUUAAUAGGAGUGUUAACUAACACAUUCAUUAUUGUUGUGAAUAUUAUCGAUAAGAUCAAAGGGAAGAACCUCAGCUCCCCAGACCUCAUCCUAGCCACACUGUCUGCAUCAAAUGUUUUAUUCCAGUUCAUUAUGUUGACUAAUGACUAUGUAAGUUUCCUGCACACUGACCUCUACUUUACGGAUAAGGUGUAUAUCACCUUCACAGUCCUGCUGAUCCUCCCGGUCUACUCAAGUUUCUGGUUCACUGUUUGCCUCUCUGUUUAUUAUUGCUUGCAGAUUGUAAUAUUCACUCAUCCCCUUUUAAUAAGGUUAAAGUUGGCUGUAUCACGAUGGGUUCCACACCUCCUAAUAGCCUCCAUCUUUACCUCAAUGACCACUGGCCUCCCUGCUGCCUGGAACUUCUACAGGGAUGAACAAGAUUUUAACACAUCGUCCGACCAAAAUACAGAAAUUUCUGUUCCCAAAUUGAAUGUCAUCUAUCUGCUUCCAAGUAACCUCAUUAGCUGUUCACUUCCACUAGUUCUUGUUGGGAUUGCCGAUGUGUUAAUUCUCAAAGCCCUGGUGACCCACAGGCACAAAGUUGAUAGAAAUACAAAUGGAGAGUCGAGUGGUCAUGCUGAAGGUCGAGUAAGGGCAGCCAGGACAAUUAGCUGCCUCCUCGUGCUAUAUUUGCUUUUCUACAUAUCUGAGAUUUUCAUGUUCAUAGAUGUUUUUCCUCCCAGUAGCCCCGGAUUCUGUACCUGUUUAAUGGUUAUCUACAGUUAUCCGCCUGCACAGUCUAUUGUUCUGAUUCUUGGAAGCCCCAAACUGAAACAAGUUUCUCUCAAUUUACUAAGAUGCACAGGGGCAUUUUAUACGGACCCUCCUAAAACAGUCUUCUUUAUAAAGCUCAGCUUUAAAAAGACAACACAACAAACAGAGUGA